AUGCAGUACUUCCCAGGAUUCACGCUGUUAUCAUGUCCCUACCCUACCCUCACCCUAACCCUAACCCUAACCCUAACCCUCACCCGGCCAACACCCACAUCCACAGCGUUUGUGCAGAGUUGCCACUACCCGCCGCACGGGCACCGAAGUUUCGGGGCUGUUUUGGCCGGACAUACAAUCCCCAAUUACCACAAGACCACGCGCGACAACAUUGUAACCAUGGCCAUGAUUGAGACCAAGGAAGGACUGCAGAAUCUGGACGAGAUCCUGAAAGUGGACAACUUGGAUGGCGUGCUUAUUGGUCCGUCAGAUUUGGCUAUGGCGCUGGGUGUAGAUCCGGAAGCGAACCCUGAGAACCCGAUUGUCCUGGACGCGAUGGCUAAAGUAGUGCACAAGACUAGAGCUGCUGGCAAGAGGUGCGCUGUGUACUGUGGGAAUGGCGGAUAUGGCAGAAACAUGGUUGAUAUGGGCUUUGACUUCGUGGCCCCGGGUGCGGAUAUAGGCCAUCUACUGGAAACACUGAGAGAGCAGCUGGACGACCUCACACACGGCAGACAAAACCUGUAUCGACUGUAGUGCCCGCAGGCAAAACCUGUAUCGACUGUAGUGCCCGCA